AUGGCGUGCGGGCUCCCGCCGCUGCUCCACUCCCUCCUCUCCUCUCCGCCUCGCCCCAUCCUCCUCCCCUCCCGCCCUCCCUCCCUCCUAGCGCCCAGAACCCUACCCCUAGUCACUCGCGCUCGCGGGCCUAGGGUCGCGCGCCACCUGUCCCCUGCCCCUCCGCGCGCGCUCCCGGACAUUGCCGCCGCGGCGGCGGGCCUCCGGGACGCGGUCACCGGCGCCUUCCAGGCGUCUCCGCCUACGUGGAGCUCGGCUGCCACCACCAACCUCGCCAUCUUCGUCGCGGGCACGCCGCUGCUCCUCUCCGGCCUCUCCGCCUCCGGCAUCGCGGCCGCCUACGUCCUCGGCACCCUCACGUGGCGCGCAUUUGGGGCCCAGGGUUUCCUCCUCGUCGCCGCCUACUUCGUAGUGGGCACAGCAGUGACCAAGUUAAAGAUAAAACAAAAAGAAGCUUUGGGAGUGGCUGAGAAAAAAGGAGGAAGGAGAGGUCCUGGUAGUGUUAUUGGUUCUAGUGCUGCUGGUUGUGUCUGUGCUCUCCUAUCAGUAUAUAAUGUGGGCGGGGGAGCAUUCGCGGAACUCUGGACACUUGGCUUUGUUGCAAGUUUCUGUACUAAACUCAGUGAUACAGUUUCCAGUGAAAUAGGGAAGGCGUAUGGAAGAACAACGUACCUAGUGACAACAUUUAAGGUUGUUCCAAGAGGUACGGAAGGUGCAGUCAGUGUUGAGGGCACUCUUGCUGGAAUUGUAGCAUCGACGUUUCUGGCAGGGAUUGGUUAUAUUCUGGGGCAGGUAAAUCUACCACAGGGUGUGCUAUGUGUUCUUGCAUCCCAGAUUGCAAAUUUUGGCGAGAGUUUGAUUGGCGCAACACUGCAGGAUAAGGAAGGUUUUGAAUGGCUGAACAAUGAUGUUGUCAACGUGGUCAAUAUCUCGGCCGGCGCCGUUUUGGCCGCUCUAAUGCAGCAGUUGCUAGUGAGCUGGCGCUCAUGA